AUGGAGCUCGCAUCUUUGUACGACGUGGCUGUUUUCAUCUCUAAUUACUCGAUUCCCGGCUUCACGGUAUUGAUCGCAUAUUGGAUCCUUCGGCAAUAUUUGUCAUACAGAAGAUUGGCUCAUCUUCCUGGUCCGACUUUUGCGGCGUGGUCGAAUCUGUGGUUGGUCAGGACGAUAUGGAACCAACAAAGCCAUUUAGAUGUGUAUGAGGUCUCCAAGAAAUAUGGCCCUCUGGCUCGCAUUGGACCCAACGAUGUCAUCACGACGGAUGUCAGACUCAUACACCGGCUCCAAGCUGUUCGAUCGCCGUACACUCGUUCCAAUUGGUAUCGAGGAUUCCGUCUCGCUCCUGGGAUUGACAAUGUACUUUCUUUCACGGACGAUAAUUUGCACACCAAGCGCCGAGCGCAGCUCUCUCCCAGCUUCUCACUCCAAAAUCAAGAAGCGAUAAUUGAUUCCCAUGUAGCUAGGCUCGUCGGACUCAUCCGGAAGAAGUAUGUCUCGAACGAAAACGGGACAAAAUUGAUGGAUUUUGCGCAGAAGGUUCAGUUUUUUGCCCUGGAUAUGGUGAUGGACAUUGCGACGGGAAGUCCAUUCGAUGAUCUAGUUCAUGACGAAGAUAGGUAUGAGUACUUGAAAAAUACUGCAGAUUCCUUGCCAACCAUUGCAAUGAUCCAGUAUCUGCCAUGGGCGGGAAAGAUCUUGCAGACUCGAUGGAUUGCACCAUUGAUAUCCCCAAGUGCAUCUGAAUAUGGAAUCGGGAAGGUGGUUGAUAUUGCUACCAGAAUGGUGGAUGUGAGGAUAACCGAUCAAAGCGAAACCCAAAAAGCGGACAUGCUCUCAACCUUUCUUUCCAAUGGUAUCACACACCAAGAAGCAAUCUACGAAUCGAUAGUCACAAUCCUCGGCGGCUCAGACACAAUGGCUAUCGCUCUCCGUGCAACGAUGUUAUUCAUCAUGACGAAUCCUCGAGUCUACAUCAAACUCGUGUCGGAGAUUCUCUCGCUUUCCUCCUCGCUUUCGCAUGACACCAUCCCUUCCGCUUCCCAAGUCCGCACCUUACCCUACCUUCAAGCAACAAUCAAAGAAUCGCUUCGUGUCUUUCCUCCAGGGACCGGACAGAUGCCUAAAGUGACUCCGACGGGAGGCGAAACUAUCAAUGGAAUAUUCAUUCCCGGCGCAACGAACAUCGGAAGUAAUCCGUGGUUCAUCAUGCGCUCCCAAGACAACUUUAGACCUGAUGCGGAGAUAUUCAGACCAGAGCGAUAA